AUGUACCUGUCCAACAUCAGAGCUAACACACAGUUGAGGCUUUGCUGCGUGGUGCUGUCUCCCCGGCAGGACCCUGGUGAUAUUCGCGCGCAGCAUAGGAUACCAGCCCACGUGACAGUGUCAUGUGAUCCACAGAGCGCGUUCUCUGAUCCGGGUAUUGAGGCUGUUAUCAUAGCGUCCUCCACUGCUACCCAUGAAGAUCUCAUAUUAUCAGCUGUAGUUGCUAAUAAGGCGGUGUAUUGUGAGAAGCCUAUAUCAGAUAGUCUAGAGAGAACAGGACAAUGUUACCAGGCAGCAGCUCAGGCUGACCUACCUUUAUUCUGUGCUUUCAACAGGAGAUUUGAUCUGAGUUACUCGCACAUCCAGUCUCAAGUAAGGGCCGGUGCUAUUGGUAAAGUUCAGACUAUAAAGUCAGUCAGCAGAGACUCUCCAGUCAUUCCCCUGUCUUAUAUCGAACCCUUCCUGUACAAGUGUUUGUGGCUGGAAACGCUCAAAUACCUGAGUUCUCCGACUACAAGGACUACGACAACAUGA